AUGCUGCCCUGCAGGCGAGCGCUGCGGGCGGCGGGGCUCCUCCGCUCGGCCGCCGCCCUCCGCCCCGGGGCUGCCCGCCGAGCGCGGUGCGGGUUGGGCGAGCGGCCGGUGGGGCCGGACCUGCGGUAUUUCCUGAGAGGGGCCGCCGCCGCGGGGGAGCCGCGGCCCGAGCCGGAGCCGGAGCCAGGCUCUGCCCCCGGGACCGGGAAAGUGUACCUGGAGACGUAUGGCUGCCAGAUGAACGUCAAUGACACGGAGAUCGCCUGGGCCAUUCUGCAGAAGAAUGGCUACACGAGGACAAAGGAGUUGGACGAGGCAGAUGUGAUUCUCCUUGUCACCUGUUCCGUGAGGGAGAAGGCGGAGCAGGCUAUCUGGAAUCGCCUGCGGCACCUCAAGGCGCUGAAAGCCCGGCGGCAGCAGGCUCGCUUACCUCUCCGCAUCGGGAUUCUAGGAUGCAUGGCUGAGAGGCUUAAGGAGGAGAUUCUGCACAGGGAGAAGCUAGUCGAUAUUGUGGCAGGCCCUGAUGCGUAUCGUGACCUUCCCCGGCUGCUGGCCGUGGCAGAGUCUGGCCAGCAAGCUGCUAAUGUCCUGCUAUCGCUAGAUGAGACUUAUGCAGAUAUUCUGCCUGUCCAGACUAGCGCAGGUGGCACAACAGCGUUUGUAUCUAUCAUGCGGGGCUGUGACAACAUGUGUAGUUAUUGCAUCGUGCCCUUCACCCGCGGCCGUGAAAGGAGCCGCCCCAUCGCGUCCAUCCUGCAGGAAGUGAGGAUGCUCUCGGAUCAGGGAGUGAAAGAAGUGACCCUUUUGGGUCAGAACGUCAACAGCUUUCGAGACAUGUCUGAGGUGCAGUUUCAAUCAGCGGCUGCCCCAGUCCUCAGUCGUGGCUUUAGCACAGUCUACAAAGCUAAACCAGGAGGCUUGCGCUUUGCACAUCUUCUAGACCAGGUUUCUAGAAUUGAUCCAGAAAUGAGGAUCCGUUUCACCUCUCCACACCCCAAGGAUUUUCCUGAUGAGGUCCUGCAGCUUAUCCAGGAGCGACACAACAUCUGCAAACAGCUUCACCUCCCGGCCCAGAGUGGAAGCACACGAGUCCUGGAGGCCAUGCGACGAGGAUACACAAGAGAAGCAUAUUUAGAGCUUGUACACCAUGUGCGUGAGUCCAUUCCAGGAGUGAGCUUAAGCAGUGACUUCAUUGGGUUCUGUGGCGAGACAGAAGAAGAUCACCAGCAGACUGUGUCCUUGCUGCGGGAAGUCCGCUACAACGUAGGCUUCCUGUUCGCCUACAGCAUGAGGCAGAAAACCCGGGCGUAUCACCGGCUGCAGGACGAUGUGCCUGCAGACAUAAAAAAGAGGCGGCUGGAGGAGCUCAUUACUGUCUUCCGAGAGGAGGCUGCAAGGGCGAAUGAGGCAAUGGUGGGCCAGUCUCAGCUGGUGCUGGUGGAGGGGCCCAGCAAGCGCUCUGCCUCGGAGUUGUGUGGGAGGAACGACGGCAACAUCAAGGUGAUCUUCCCUGAUGCCGAGAUAGAGGAUGCUGCGGGCUGCGAGGCUCCGGUCAGAGCCCAGCCAAGGGACUACGUGUUGGUGAAGGUGACCUCUGCCAGCUCUCAGACCUUGAAGGGAGUUCCGCUCUGCCGUACUACCCUCUCCCGCUCUGCGGCUUGUCGUUGAGGCAUCCCUGCUGCCAGUGGACAGAAGCAGCGCGUUUUCUCCAGGAAGAAACAAGGAAGUUUGGUCAGGUGGAGAUACAGUAGAAACAGGGAGA